AUGAGUUUUUCAUUUAAUAAUACGUAUGGAAAUGGGAACAAUAAUAAAAAUCCAAUUGAAGGUAGUAGUAAUUCAAAUAAAUCGAAUUUUUUAGAUGCCACCACAGUAGUAAAUUCUGAUUCAAGUUCUACAACCAACAAAAACAAUAACAUAGAUCAUCAACUGUUUUUAUCAAUUGAAAAUAGUUUACCAAAUCAUUCAAGCAAGAAUAAAGGAAGUACAAAUAAUAGAUUAAGAAAUUAUUCAUUAAGUGAAGCUUUUAAUUAUAACACCAACAAUUCAAAUAAUCCAAACAAUAAUAAUUCAAAUUUUGAUAUUGGAGGUAGAAGUUAUGUUAGUAUGAGUUAUAGACCAAGUAUGGUUUCAAAUAUGUAUUCUCCACAAAUAAAUACUGGGAAUGAAGUUCAUGAACAAACUGCAAAUUUAGCAAAUAUUGGUGUAGUGGAUGAUAAUAAUAGUGAUGAACAAGAUCAAGAUCAAAACCAAAAUAAUACCUACGAGAAUGAUUAUUCGAUUGAAGAGGAAGAUCAACAACCUCCAAAUAUAGAUUCUUCGUAUACAAAAGCAAAACCAACUUCAAUAACGAAUAGAAGACAAUCAUCUCAUACAUAUUCAAGCACAACUCCAUUAUUGUCAGGCUCUCCAGAUAAUUAUUACACAACCACUAAUAAAAAUUCUUAUAAUCAUCAAACGCCACCAGAAUGGAAUAGUAAACCUACAAAACUCGACGAAGAAGCUCAUCAAAAUUAUGCCAAAUCUUCAAGCUCUACAAUACCUGAAAAGGAACCACAACCAAGUACGCUCCAUCAAGUUUUAGUGAAACCUUUACAAUAUUUACCAGGUGUAUUUUUAGGAACUCUAUUGAACAUUUUAGAUGGGUUAUCGUAUGGUAUGAUUAUGUUUCCAAUAAGUGAUUCAUUAUUUGCUUCAUUAGCACCUGCUGGAUUAGCAAUGUUUUAUGUAUCAUGUAUCGUUUCUCAAUUAGUUUAUUCAUUAGGUGGUUCUGCUUUUAAAGCAGGGAUUGGAUCUGAGAUGAUUGAAGUUACUCCUUUUUUCCAUACAAUGGCAUUAGCUAUAUCAAAACAAAUGAAUAAUGAAAGUGAUGAUGCAAUAAUUGCUACAACUAUUACUUCUUAUGCUGUAUCAUCUAUCAUUACUGGAUUAGUUUUCUUUUUAUUGGGUAAAUUAAAAUUAGGAGUACUAGUUGGUUUUUUCCCUAGACAUAUUUUAGUGGGAUGUAUUGGAGGUGUUGGUUAUUUUUUAGUUGCAACAGGUAUUGAAGUAUCUUCAAGAUUAGAAGGUGGUUUAAUUUAUAAUUAUGAAACUUUUAAAUAUUUAUUUUUCAAUCAUAUAACAUUUUUGGAAUGGACUACACCUUUAGUGUUAGCUAUUAUUUUGGUAAUAUUACAACACAAAAUUCAUAAUUCAUUAUUAGUGCCGAUUUAUUUUAUAUUAGUUUUUGUCAUUUUCCAUUUAAUUGUAUUAAUUGUUCCAAGUUGGAAUUUAACAACAGCAAGAGAUUCAGGGUGGAUUUUCCCAGCUGUUGAAGAUGAUCAACCUUGGUAUUCAUUUUAUGAAUUAUACAAAUUUAAAUUAGUUGAUUGGUUUUGUAUUUUAAAACAAUUACCAACAAUGUUAGCAUUAACUUUCUUUGGUAUAUUACAUGUUCCUAUAAAUGUACCUGCAUUAGCUGUAUCUAUUGGUAUGGAUGAUAUUGAUGUUGAUAGAGAAUUAGUUGCUCAUGGAUAUUCAAAUGCUAUUUCUGGAUUAGUUGGGUCAAUACAAAAUUAUCUUGUUUAUACAAACUCAGUAUUGUUCAUUAGAGCCGGAGCUGAUGAUAGAGGUGCAGGUAUAUUAUUGGCUGUUGCAACAGCAAUAGUUAUGAUGGCAGGUCCAGUUGUAAUUGGAUAUAUUCCUGUAUGUGUUGUUGGAGCAUUAAUUUAUUUAUUAGGAUAUGAAUUAUUAAAAGAAUCAGUAUAUGAUACUUGGGGUAGAUUAAGACCAAUUGAAUAUACUACUAUAAUAAUCAUUGUAGUUACAAUGGGAGCAGUUGAUUUUGUUGCUGGUAUUGGUAUUGGUAUAUUAUUGGCUUGUUUAUCAUUUGUUGUUGAAGCAGGUAGAACUCCAGUGGUGCAAGGUAUUUACUCAGGAAACGUUGCAAGAUCAACUGUUUUAAGACAUCCUAAACAACAAGAGUUUUUAAAAAAUGUUGGUGAACAAAUUUGUAUUAUUAAAUUACAAGGUACUAUAUUUUUUGGAUCAAUAGGUGGAGUUGAAAAAGAAAUCAAGAAAAUUUUUGAGCAUGAUAAAUUUAAUUCAUCACCUAAAAAAUUUUUGAUAAUUGAUAUGAAGGGAGUUAUAUCAAUUGAUUUUUCAGCAGCUGAAGGGUUUAGAAGAAUUUUAAAUUUAACAAAUGAAUUUAAAACUCAAUUAAUUAUUUCGUCUGUGGUAGAUGAGGAUGACACCAUUAAGGGAUUACGUGAUGCUGGAUUAUUUGACAAUACUGAUCCACCAAUUGAAUUAUUUAGUUCAUUAAACUAUGCAUUAGAAUGGUGUGAAAAUUCAUUUUUGAAAACUUACAAAACUUUGAAAAAACAUCACCCAAUAGAUUCACAACAUCAGCAUACAUCAUCAAGAUCAGUACCUAGUGUUCAAAAUAAUAAUAAAGUACAAACAAUACAAUCUCCUACGUCGUUUGGUAAUAAAAUAUUCAAUCAAUUUGGACUUGAUUUUGGUACACCAAGAACAAAACAAGUAUUUCAAGCAGCAAGUAAAACAGUAUUGGAUGAACAAAAAUCUCAAAGUAGAUUUCAUCAAACUUCAAAUGAUAUUUUUAAAAAGCAACCAUUACCAUUAAUGAUGAUUACAUUCCAAGGGUUAUCACAAAAAGAUGAAGAAUUUUGGUCAAUAUUAGCUCCAUAUUUCAUAAAAGAACAAAUUCCAGAAAAUUUACAAUUUUACGAUACAUUAAAUGAUAAACCAUCAUUCUUUUUAGUUGAAUCUGGUCUUAUUAGAUCAGUAGUAAAAUUUGAAACAGAAGGUAGAGAAUUACAUUGUUCAAUAGUACCAUUAGUUGCAUUUGGAGAUUUUGAUGAUGCUUCUCAAUAUAGACAAUUUAUAUAUACUACAGUAAAUGAUUCAAUAGUUUGGAAAUUAACACAAACAAAAUUAAAAGAAAUGUUACAAAAACAUGGAUCAAAGGGUGAAGCUAUUUAUCAUGAAUUAUUAGAAAUUGAAGCUAAAUUAAUUAGAGAAAGAUUUGAUACAAUGACUGCUAAUUUAAUUAUAUCUGGUUAA